AUGGAUUUUGUAGCUAGCUCGCUAGCGCUACUUGCAUACGUACGUACGUACUAUCUUGCCUUCGCGGUUCUGCAUCACCAGCCGCGCCGUCUCCGCGCGCGUGUGCUGCAUGGUCCCUGCUCCGCUCAGUGCUCGCCUCGCCGUUGCUGCUCCCUCUCCCGGCGACUCGCGCGCGACCCUCGCCCGCGGACGCGCUCCACUCCGCCACAGCGCCAGGUUGCGCGGAGCCGCGACAACUCGCCUCCGGAACCUCCGCUUGAGCUACCCCCGUCCGCGCUGGCCCCGCCGCCUCGCUGCGCCUGCUACGGCUCCGCUUCGCCAGCCGACUCCGGAUCCAGCUACGCCGGCCGCCGUGGCCCUGGGCCGGCCUCCGCUCCUCGCCACCUCGGGUCGCGGCCCGGUGCCCCGCACCCGCAGCCGGCCCCCGCGCCCGUCGCCUGUGCCACCCGCGCCUGCCUUCGCCCGCGCCUCCCCAGCGCCCGGCCUCCCCAGGCCGGCUCCGGGUCGCCACCUCGCCCACGGCCGGCCCGCGGCUCUGCGUCGCUCACCGCCUCAUGGCUGCCGGCUUCCCAGCACUAUGCCGACUCCGCCUCUGCUCCGUGCGCCCGGCCAGGGCCGGCUCCUAUGCCGCCUGCCGGAUCCCGCCCCCGACGUCGCCCGCGUCUGGCCGCCUCCUCGCUCGGCCGGCCGGCUACCGCGCGCCCGUUGGCCGGGUCGCCGCUCCCAGCCGGCGUCCGCCUUCGCACCCGGCCGCCCCCGCGGGCCGGCUCCGCUUGCUCGCCGCCCCGCGCCUCCGGCUCCUCCCCGCAGGCGCCCCCGCGGCCGGCUCUUCACUCCACCCCCGCGCGUGCGUCGGCCGGCUACGUCCGUGCGGUCUCGGGCCGGCUGGAGACAAAGAAAGAAAAGUCAACAGUUGGCUGCUAG